UGUCACUGUGUGUGCGCGUUGUCACUGUGUGUGUGUGUGUGUGUGUGUGUGUGUGUGUGUGUGUGUGUGUGUUUUGAGAGACAGGCGAAGAGGGAGCACAAGUAGAGAAAUAGAGACAUGACCUAGGGCAGCUCCAUGGUAACGAGAGAUCAUCCACAGCAUCUGCUGAAUUUCUGAACAGAAAUAAAAGAGAAAAUCACAUAGGACUGUUAGAUCUUGUCCCUUAUCAUAUCUGUACCAUGUCUCGCCCCACGCCGCACCUCCCGCACGUCUCCGACUCGUCUUGCUGGAGCUCUGACACAGAAAUCGGUCAGAGAUUUUACAGGAGCUCUCGUGGUUCAGGAGGACAGAGCGUGCCGUGUCCUCUCGGUCCCGUUCCUCUGUUCCGCUCCAUCGGGCUGACGGGGUUAUCAGCCAGCCUGCCACCUCACCGCCGCUUACGCUCCGUCUUACACAGAGCGCGAGCGGUGAGACCUGAUAAUGCUAAUGCUAAUGAGACCGACAAGGCUCGCGGUGGCUCGGAUGCUAACAGACUCGUUUCUGAAGCUACUGACACUGGAUUGCUUUUCAAAGACUUCCUGCCUGAUAUCAUGACCCCGACUCCCCGUCCUCUGUCUCAAAGCAGAGAGAUAAGAACAAGAGAAAGUCGCUCGAUCGGAAACACGGAGACCUUCUCCGGUCUCUGGUCACAAACUGAGUCAAGCUUAAACCCCAGCUUCGAUCUUGUAGAUACGUUACAAAGGCGCCACAGCGCGGGACACCAAGAUCCUCCAUCAAAGAUGUACGCAAGCAGGAGGACCGUCGUGUUUCCUCUCACGAACACAGAAACUCCAGCGAGUGCUGGAAGGAAGAGGUGGAGCAGGAGGAUCAGACGGAUUUGGACCUCAGAGAAAAGCAGUGAUGAGCAGGACAUCAGCGAGUACUUUCAUAGCCUGGUUAUAACAGACAAUGUUCCUUCUGCCAACACGAAGCACCUGCAAACUUCUGGAUCUCCCAAAUCCAACAGAAGUGAUGUAGACAGUGAGCGUGAAGGUAAGGGGGCGUGUCACACCAGGAGAGACCGACGCCCACAUUUCCUGCCUCCGAUAUCUCAGUCCGGAUGCCUGUUAGACGUCCCCUUCAUCCUUCCGGAGAAUUCCCCUCCUCCGUCUCCCAGCAGCGCUUUCAGCACUCCUUUCUUCCCUCUGUGUGUUCCAGCACUUCCUGUUCUUCCCCAGAAUAGACAGAGAGACACCUGAGAGACAACUGAGAGACAUCUGAGAGACACCUGUGAGACACCUGUGAGACACCUGAGAGACACCUGUGAGAAACCUGUGAGACACCUGAGAGACACCUGUGAGACACCUGAGAGACACCUGAGAGACACCUGUGAGACACCUGAGAGACACCUGAAAGACACCUGUGAGACACCUCAAAAUGUUUAGGUCAGUUUUAACUGUUUAAUAAAAGUUAAUCGUUUCAAUAAAAACUUUGUUAAAUGAUGUUAAGUACCUUUUUAUUAAUUUAUUUUAUUUGUACUUUAUUUGUAUUUCAAAUUGUCAAAUUCUGACGAUAAAUAUUUCAGAUUUAUAUUCAGAUUUAAAAUGGAAGCUUCUUCUGGUUUUGUUUGUUUGUCUUUUUAAUUAUUUUAAAUUUCACAUGAAGUCAAAGGUUUCCAAAAGUGACUCUGAGUGACUCUGAGUGACUCUGAAUGACUCUGAGUGACUCUGAGUGACUCUGAGUGACUCUGAAUGACUCUGAGGCUGUAGUAGUGUUCAUUCUCCAGCAGAGGGCAGCACACAGCUCUGGUCAAUGCUUCACCCCUGUCCAUCACAUUGAACUGUCUUCCUUUACUAAUAAACCAUAUUUACACACCGAGCCCAGACGUCACCAUGGCAACUGUAUCACUAUCAGGGAGAGAAGAGCACGAGUGUGAAGAAACAGAUGCUUCAGAAACACAAGAAAAUCCAGGACAUCGUGUUCUGUGUCGUGUUACCAAGGAGUUUCAGGGGAAAGUAACUGAUGUGGGCUUUAAGAAGUGUCAUCAUCAUCAUCAUCAUCAUCAUCAUCAUCAUCAUCAUCAUCAUCAUCAUCAUCACCAUCAUCAUCAUCAUCUGUAUCA